GUGAGGUAGGGCUACGUCAUUUUGUAGGCUUGAAUCGGUCGGGCACGGAUGGCGGAGUCCUCACGGCGCUUGGUGCAGUACGUGGUGGUCCGCUCGGACCUGGCGCGCAUUUUGGGCUGGCCCUUCGGCGCGGUCAUCGCGCAAGCUUGUCACGCAGCCACCGCCGUGAUACACCUGAAUUACAGCGACCCGGACACGCAGGAAUACCUGGCCGAGCUGGACACCAUGCACAAAGUGGUGCUGGAGGCUCCAGAUGAAGCGUCUCUCGCCGCCCUGUCGGAGGCGCUGCGGGACAAGGGCGUGGCUCACAAGCUGUGGGUGGAACAGCCUGAGAACUUCCCCACCUGCCUGGCUUUGAAGCCCUACCCCAAGGAGGUGGCGCACCCCCACCUGCGCAAGUUCAAGCUGUUCAAGUGAGGACGGGAACGAGCCGCAGGUCCCCUGCAAGUCCCGGGCUGGUGGUGCGGCCGUACCCCCCCGACGGCACGGGUGUCCGAGCGCGGAUGCCGCGUUUCCCUCUCCCUUCCAUCAACUCGCGUUCGAAGUGACCACGAAACACGGUGCUGGAGAUCCAGCGAGCCGGACCCUGGGUGCACCCAUGUAUGGAGGAGUAUCGGCUGGGUACUAGAGGUUAUUUAAAAGCAUUUUGCAUGCGUAAGGUAAUAAACGAUGGUAAAAGAGCGUUUUCUUAGUUUCUUUAUAUUGUUCUUCUCAAGCAUGUGGAGGGAUUUCAAAACAUCCCCUAAAACCACCUCCGAACAACUCGGAUGACAAGUCAAGAUAUUAAAAUUGUGAUGCUACAAGGUGUCUGCGGUUGUGAAGUAAUUACUCAGAAAUAGAGUAAAUCUGGUGGCCCUGAAUUACCUGGGCGAUUUUGGAUCGCGAGGGAAUGCCGAACAAAAAUAUUCACUUGUUCUAAGGUACUGCACUGUAAUCUGUGUAAAAUUAGAUAAUGUAGAAAGUGAUGUAGUAGAAAAGCACAUUUCUGGUUAGAAGUCAAGCUGGAGAUACUGAUGAUGUUCAGGCAUUCUGGGAAACGGGCAGUUGGGCAGGUUGUCCUUGUUAAACUUGAUCGCAGAUUUUUUUUGUUUUAUUUUUUUAAAUGUUUAACCUAAUAUUCUUCAGUGUGUAAAUAGAUUUAUUUCCUUGAAUCAAGCAAUUUAGGAGAUUUAUAAGCAGCUGUGGCAGAAGUGGAAAUCUUUCUACCGAUGUGGCCUCUGGUUUUAAUGUAAGUUUGUGGUAACGUACUGCAUAUUUACAGUACUGCUAUUAUUUGUGGUCAUUUCUGUAACCGUCUGUGCAGUUUUGAUCAGACCGCACGUGUCAUUCCAGAGAAAUUCCUAAAUUCUUCUAAUCCCAUGAAGAAAUACUUUAGAAUGAUAAUGACAGAAGAUAAUUUGGAUAUAUGUUCCUUUAUAAUGUCUCCAGACA